ACACGUUCGUCGGAAGCCCGCCUUGGAAUAAGAAAUUCGUUGAAACUUGCAAAAAUGGCGACCUCUGAGACGAUAAAUACCGGCAAAGAAAAGCUCAAUAAUUGGCUGCAUGAGAAAAACUAUUUUACUGAUGUCUUAGACAAAGUGGAGAAGAAGACUGGAGUGAACAGGCUCUAUAUCUUUCUUGGUCUGGUUGGAGUAUUUGCGCUUUAUCUUGUGUUCGGCUAUGGAGCAGAUCUGAUCGUGACAAUCUUGGGAUUUGCUUAUCCUGCUUACCAAUCAGUGAAAGCCGUGGAAAGUGAAACAAAAGAGGACGACACUCAGUGGCUAAUUUAUUGGGUGGUGUUUGGAGUCUUCAACAUCGUAGAGUUUUUCUCAGACAUUCUGCUUUCAUGGUUCCCCCUGUAUUUCCUAGUCAAGCUGAUAUUUCUUUGCUGGUGUAUGGCGCCCGUAUCUUGGAAUGGAGCUAACACUAUCUACCACAGAGUUAUCAAGCCAUUCGUGUUGAAGCACCAAACGCAGAUUGAUAAGGCUCUGGAUAAAGUUGGCCAGAAAGUCGACGAAGUUGCCAAAGAAGCCAAGGAUGCCGCCACUGAGGCAGCCAUAAGAGCAGCUGUGGAAGGUGAUAAGAAAGAAUCUUAAACAUCAAGAACCUAAACAAAUGAAAUUUGUCAAGACUGCAUACAGCAAGUAACAGGAUAUUGACACUGGAAGUCAAAACACUGCUCAGGAAAUCUGAGUGAAUUGAACCAAUAGAUAACUAGAACAGUUUGCUAUAAUUGAUAUUUUUUUCAGAAAGUACUACUCCGAAUGUUACCUAAAGUUAGUGCAUUGUAACUUCUUUUCUUAUCCUUUUCUAGCAGUAGCUAACUAUUCUGUCUUACUCUAGCUGAACAUAUUUACAGUACUCGGCUGAUUUUUAGGUUCCC